GGGAGUCACACCUGUGACUCCACGCGUUUUUGGAAAGGGCACUGUAACAGCCCCUUUCGGGGUCCUGGGAAGUUUACGGCUGCAUAUGGAUGAACUGCAUAGUUCUCGUCAGCCACCCAAGCCCCGCGAGAUUUGGGCAGAGUACCUGCACCGGCAUAGGCGCACGCCCGCAACGACCUCAAGGCCUCAAAAUGAGUCACCGUAAGUACGAAGCUCCCCGCCACGGUUCCCUUGGAUUCCUCCCCCGCAAGCGGGCCGCACGCCACCGCGGAAAGGUCAAGGCUUUCCCUAAGGAUGACCCGAAGAAGCCCGUGCACUUGACUGCCGUCCUGGGCUACAAGGCGGGCAUGACCCACAUUGUUCGUGACCUUGACCGUCCUGGCUCCAAGAUGCACAAGAGGGAGGUCGUGGAGGCAGUUACCAUCGUGGAGACGCCCCCGAUGGUCGUUGUUGGUGUUGUUGGCUACGUCGAGACUCCCCGUGGUCUCCGCACUCUUACAACUGUUUGGGCUUCUCACCUUUCCGACGAGCUCAAGCGUCGCUUCUACAAGAACUGGUAUCGUUCGAAGAAGAAGGCAUUUACGCGCUACGCGAAGAAGGCUGCUGAGAACGAUGGCAAGUCAAUUGAGCGCGAGCUCGAGCGCAUCCGCAAGUACUGCACCGUCGUCCGUGUCCUCGCCCACACGCAGAUUCGCAAGACCGGUCUCAGUCAGAAGAAGGCGCACCUUAUGGAGAUUCAGGUCAACGGCGGCUCCGUUACGGACAAGGCCGAGUUCGCGCGCGGUCUCUUCGAGAAGACGAUCGAGGUCGGCAGCGUGUUCGAGCAGGACGAGGUCGUGGAUGUCAUUGCGGUGACGAAGGGUCACGGUUUCGAGGGUGUUACCCACAGGUGGGGCACCAAGAAACUGCCCCGCAAGACACACAAGGGUCUCCGGAAGGUCGCUUGUAUUGGUGCAUGGCACCCGUCCAAGGUCAUGUUCUCCGUUGCCCGUGCCGGUCAAAACGGCUACCAUCAUCGUACGGAGCUCAACAAGAAGAUCUACAGGAUUGGCCGUGGCGACGACGAGGGCAACGCGUCGACUGAGCACGAUAUCACCAAGAAGCCUAUCACGCCCAUGGGCGGCUUCCCUCACUACGGUAUCGUCAAGAACGACUACCUCAUGCUCAAGGGCUCCAUCCCGGGUACCAAGAAGCGUGUGAUCACCAUCCGCAAGUCGCUCAUGGUGCACACCUCUCGUCGGGACCUGGAGAAGGUGCAGCUCAAGUUCAUCGACACUUCGUCCAAGUUCGGUCACGGUGCCUUCCAGACAUUCGAGGAAAAGGCCGCGUUCUUGGGAACGCUCAAGGCCCGGGCGUGAUUUACUACGUUAUCAUGUACUCUCUGUUCAUUAGCUCUACCCACUCGCAUUACACGCCCUAUGCUAUGCCAUGCCUUGCAGAUGCCGCACUUUACGGGA